AUGGUACAAACUCCACUCGCUCCAUGUUUAACCAGGGAGAGUGUAAGAUACCCUGGAGGACUAAAACGUGAUCUACAAGACUUAGAAAAUGGGAUUAAAAUAGGAGUAACUAUACUAAAAGUGAGCAGGGGGAAAAUUAACAGAAAUAUUGUCCCACACGAGUGUAUCAGGGAAAGGUUAAGAGCACCAAGGCUGCAAGAUAAACUACGUGAGGGACGAUUGAGGUGGUAUGGACAUGUACGAAGGAGAGGCGAAGAGUAUGUAAGUGGAGGAGUGGAGAAUAUGAAGAUCGGAAUAAGAAGACAAGGGAGACCAAGACGGAGGAUGCAUGACUGCCACCGCGAGGACACGAGGGAAGUCGGAGUCCGAGAGCAUGACGCGCAAGACCGACGCAGCUGGAACCAGAAGAUCCGCACCGGCGACCCAUGA